AAAAGCAAACAUCCACCCGGAAGUACUCAGAGCCCUGCUUUGCUUUUGAUUUGGGGCUGAGCCGAGUUCUGCACAUAUGACCGCUGUGACCAGAGUAAUGUUGAAGUUCCGCCUGGCUGUGGUCCAACUGCAGGUGAGCAGUGACAAAGCGAACAACCUGAGCAAAGUGCGGAGGCUGGUGAAGGAGGCAGCGGGACAGGGCAGCAAAGUGGUGCUGCUGCCGGAAUGCUUCAACUCUCCGUACGGAACGAGCUUCUUCUCCAAGUAUGCUGAGAAGAUCCCAGGAGAAUCCACCCAGAUGCUGUCGGAGGUGGCGAAGGAGAACAAGCUGCAUCUGGUGGGAGGCUCAAUCCCUGAAGAGGACAGCGGGAAGCUGUACAACACCUGUGCCGUGUUCGGUCCUGAAGGAGAGCUGAUUCUCAAGCACCGGAAGAUUCACCUGUUCGACAUCGACGUUCCAGGGAAAAUCCGCUUCCAGGAGUCUGAGACGCUGAGCCCCGGGAACAGUCUGUCCACGUUCGACACACCGUUCUGUAGGGUGGGAGUCGGAAUCUGCUACGACAUGAGGUUCGCGGAGCUCGCUCAGCUCUACAACAGGAAAGGCUGCCAGCUGCUGGUUUACCCCGGAGCCUUCAACAUGAUGACAGGCCCCGCCCACUGGGAGCUGCUGCAGAGGGCCAGGGCCCUCGAUAACCAGAUGUACGUGGCCACAGCGUCGCCUGCCAGAGACGAAGCUGCGUCCUAUGUGGCCUGGGGUCACAGCACCGUGGUGAACCCGUGGGGAGAGGUCAUCGCCAAGGCUGGGCAUGAGGAAUCCAUCAUCUACGCCGAUAUCGACCUGCAGUACUUGGCCGACAUCCGGCAGCAGAUCCCAAUCAGCUCCCAGCGUCGGGACGACCUCUACGCCGUGACGGCCAUGCAGCAAGGAUCGGGCUGAACGUUCCAAACGGGAUCACGCUCCUCUAAUUAUGUGAUUUUGGAAAAUCCCAACGUUAAAUAAUCUUGGUUCUUGUCAUCGAGGAGACUGGCUGUCAAUAUUUAGUGCUUGAUGGAGCCGUUGCGAUAGCCAGCCAGCUCUAAUUCAGGACCAGCCUUCAUGUGAAGAACGACGAACUGGGAGGGAAAACGGUCGAGGACAACUUUUCUUUUCUUUUCUUUUUUUUCCCUCCUGAACAGCUUCUUAAAUUUAAUUAGAUUUGAGCUUGUGUUUAAAUUAUGCAGUUUUACGUGUGUGUUUCUCAUCCAAAUCCAGGUUAAUUUAAAAAAAAAUCCCAGACUCACUAACAAAAAGUGUUGAUUAACUCAGAGAUACUAAGUAACAGACGGAGCUGUACGACAUGUGAUUCAGAAACAGAUUCAGGAGUUUUUUAAAUAAGUUACCAAAGCACCUGUUUGUGGUCCUUCCUUCAGCCUCUUGUGGCUUUUAAAUUUUUUGAAAAAAAAGGAAAUAUCCUAUAAACCUUCACUUAUGUAGAUGCGUCAUUGAUUAAAUCAGACGAGCUUUAUUCAGAAAGAAUCCCUUCUAAAUAAAGGGAACUCUAAAAUGCUUAUGGACAAUUUAAAGUGCUUCACAAAACAAAGAACAACACACACAAUAAAGAAAUGCAUAAACUCCAUGGCCAAGAGUAGCGCUAAACAUCAAAGUACUGCAUUGCUCUUAAGAACAUUUGCAGCUGCGUUCAAAAAGCAGUACCAGAUUAGCCAGUGCUUUGUUUUUUUCUCCAAUAGAAAUCAUAUUUCUACAAAUAAUUUAAUAGAAAUCAGCAGUGGUGACAGUAUAAGAAUAUUAGUUCUUGAGGUUCUUCAUUCCCUGAUCAAACAGGAGGGUUUUUACUUGACUUUAAAGGCAGAUGGGGUGAAAGUGAAAAAUACAGAAAAAAACGUAACAUGUGCGGCUAACAUGGUUUGAAAAGCUUUAAAGUGUGAACCAAAACCAGGAGGAUUUGAAGGAAAAUGAAAAAUGUGCGAUCCAAUCGAAGAAUAAAAGAAUAGUCACAGUGGAAAAAAGACACAGGCGUUGAUGGGAGAAGUUUUUCUGUUACCUAUGAGUACUGUAGGAAUUUAUCAAUGUCUGUGUGAAGCCACAUUUUUGGCAAAAAGCAAUAAUGUCCCACAGUUGGAAAAGUAAGACGUUCUCAAGAGUUUGUGGUUUGCUGAAGAGAAAUAAUUCCAACAAUUAACCCCAAUAUUUGAAUUCAAGCUGCACUACACUAUAAGCAUGAUGGGUUUGGGAUCACAAUAUGUGGAAACUUCUCAUUCUACACCAUCUGGUCUGUUUAUUGCGUACCAGGAAUUGGUUCCAAAUACUCGAGAUGGUGGUACUGCGUUAUACUGAAGAGAAAAUUGGUGCUUUAACAGGAUGAUGACCACCCAAAACACCAAUAAGUGACCAGUAAUAGCAUUACAUUGUGGAGUUAGCUGCCCAAUUUUUGGACUUCACCAUCAAAAACCCAUUUUUCCUCCCUUCCUGUAGCGUGAGGGCAAAUUAGACGCAUGUUCUCAUUAAGAACAGAAUGUACCGUGCCACUAGUGUCCUUGUCAUUUCCGACUGGAAUCAAUCAGCCGGCACAUUUAAGAAAAAAAGAAGGCAGCAAGCUUAGGAUAAUAAGCAUCUAGAAAAUGCAACACGUAAUGAUUCAGAACUAUUUACAUAUCAGUGCUUUUUUUGUUUGUUUGUUGGGACUGAUUAUAAAAAAGUGGCGGUGGAUCCAUA